GGACAAAAAAUGUGAUUUUCUUUAAAAAACAAGGACAUUUCUAAGUGACCCCAAACUUUUGAAAAGGUAGUGUAUCUAUCCACCCCCUUGGAUUAAUCAGUAAUGGGAAAGAUCAUGCAGUGGAGGAGGGGGCUGGCUAUGAUUUCUGACUUUCCAGGAAGGAGAAUGACUGAACUCGCACUAGACUCCUGAGCUGACAAGCCCAUCCCAUUUGACUGAAAACAAGAUAAUACUUGGCUGUGGUUCAAACUCUUAAAAGACACACCCUCGUCCACUUAACCUCGCCUUGUGCCCUUGGGGGAAUCGCUGUCACCAUCUUGGAGGGCUGUCCAAAUGAUUCGCCAAGCAAGGCGAGUUUUAAAAUGUAAGCCCUUCUGCCCUCGUUUUUAGUGUACAAUUAUGUUCACUUUGGGGACUGAAACUCUCCAUAUUUCAAUUUGCGACGAUUGUCCCUCCGCUAAGAAACGUCUGCCAAAAGGGAAAACGUCAACAUUAAAGUUUACAGCAACUCCAGAUGUCUCCAAUGUCUCCUGUGUCAACGUCACCUCCAUAAACAGUCCGAACAUGACCAUAGGCGCCUGCUCCAAUGAAACCUGCUCAGUGCAGCCUUUUACUUCAAGUUCAGCCAAACCUCCUACCCCCACCAUGUCUGCUAUCCCUACGGUCAUCAAUGUCACUAACAGCUCCACCACUGAGUCCACCACAGCUAACCUGACUACUGCAGUACCAACCGCCCUGCCCACUAAUGGCACCGUCCCAGUCUCUGACACAACAACUGCUUCAAACAGCACUGCGUCACCAGUGGGGCCCUCUCCUGCACCUCAUAAGAAUGCAACGUUUGACGCAGCGAGCUUCAUUGGGGGCAUCGUGCUUGUCCUGGGCCUGCAGGCUGUGCUCUUCUUCCUCUACAAGUUCUGCAAGUCCAAGGACCGCAACUACCACACCCUCUGAAGGACCCACACCAACAACUACUCUGGCCCCCCCACCCCUCCCGGGCCAACUGGAACCUCCUAAUAUCAACCCCCUAACCCCUGGCCAUUGUGAUUCUCUCAAACAGUGUUUCUCCCACAAUCCCCACUCCUCAUUGCAUUGUGCUAGCAACUUGUGGUUUAGGCCUGUGGUUUAGGCCUAUACACACAACAGAAGGCUGCUGAGGAGAAGACGGCUCAUAGUAAUGGCUGCAACGGAGCAAACGGAAUGGCAUCAAACACAUGGGAACCAUGCGUUGGAUGUAUUGGAUACCAUUCCGCUCUAGCCAUUAGCACGAGCCCGUCCUCCCCAAUUAAGGUGCCACCAACCUCCUGUGGUACACACCCACACUUGCGCCACAUCUUUUACUGGAUGUGUACACUACGCAUUUUUCACACCCUGGUGCAGCCUUCAGCACAGAAUUACAUCACUGUGUUUCCCCUCUCCUACUCCCCUCUCUCCCCCUCUCCUCAUUCAGUUAGUCAUUGUGACUGGAGAAAAAUCAGCCUAAUUUACUGCUCCUCUCUCCUGGCCCUUCAUAAUGUUUUACCUGCCUGGCCUGGUAAAAACGAGCCAACGGUCAUUUAUGUAAAAGACUUCCUGUUCUGUUGGAAUAUAGUGGGGCUGCCAUGGCAUUAGCUUGUGGCCUUCAUGCACCUUGGUAACGCUUCAGAAACACCGAGGUCCCCUCCCCUGUUAUUUUUCAGAAUUUGAUGACUGGAUGAUGCAGCAUAGCUUUUAUUCUUGUUUGUCGUGGGACAGAUCUGGGCAGAGUUUUUCACACCUAUAUAAAGGGGUUAUAAUCAAAUGAUGGUAGAAAGUCCAAACAAAAGGAGAACUAGAAGCAGUACUCCAUUCUUUAAGUUUAUAUUCUGUAUGAAGAUGCCUCCAUCUGAAGCGGAGGAAGAGUCAGACCCUUGGUGUUAAGACACAGCACACACCACACGCUGCCAAGAGAGCAGCUCAAUGCAAUACACCCAAAUCAAUCCCCCUUUCUACAACCCCCUCUGUCUUUAUCGGCUUCAGCCAAACGGAUCACAGUGAAGAGUCCAGUCAGUAGACUUGAGAUAUUCCCUUGACAGGAAGGAAAUCUCAAUGAGUCAAGUCUUUGGGACAUGGUCGAAAGGUUCUACAGAUAAAAUAUUGUAGUAAAUAUAUGAGAAUGAUUAAAUAAGUCUAAUUAUGAAUUCAAGUGUUGAACGGAAAGAGAUGAAGAUAAGACAGUCUGCACCUUAUUGAUGCGUACAGUGAUAGCAGUAAAGUGCCUUUAAUGUUAAAUGUGACUUAAAGAGGGGAUGAGUGAGAAUUAUGAUGUUGCUCCUCUUCCUCCUAGCUGAGGCCUGAGUGUCGUUGUUGUAAAGUAAAAGCAGUCUGGUGACAGGCACGGGAACGCGGUGCUGAUAUUGGUUAUGAGCAGAGAGAACAGAACCAGGGUGGUUCUCAAUCCCAUUUUAAUUCACUCAAACCAAGUAGUUACCUGAAAUUCCAAAAUGUUCCUCAUAGAAGAUUGGGAAUGAUUUCAAUUUCAGUUGACUUCCUGAACUGGCUGAAUAAUUGCAAUGAAUUGGGCCUGAACAGCAGAACCCUAGUAUCCCAGCUGGACUGAAUAGCCUUUUAUUAUUGAAGAGUAGACCGAUACGUUAGUUCCUCAUCUUGGUCUUUGAUGGUUGAAGACCUAUUACAGUAUCAAUUGAUUAUAUUGGCAUUGGUUGAGAUGUCACCUAUGCAGGCAGAAGUUUUGAAUGUUCCCCACAGCGCCCUAGUGCUAGUUCCCCCUCAUAUUGUACAGGCACAUCCUUAUAGCUUGUGUUUUGAAAAUUAACAGUGAAGAAUCAUUUUUGGCUUAGUUCUUAAUAAAUUAGUUUUUCCUGGAGUCAUGCAUACAUUGAACUGAUAGUUAUUUGAUCAUUUCAAAACUAACUAAUACCUGGUCCCUGAACUUAAAAUGGACGCAAUGUUGAGAUGUCGUCCUUUUCAUUUUGGGAGUUUUCUUUUCUCCCAGUGAGCUCUUUUUUUUUAAGUGCAGUGCCAAGGAGAGGAGUUCCUUCAGAAAGUAUUGACACCCCUUGACUUUUUCCACAUUGUGUUGUUACAGCCUAAAAUGGAUUACAUUUAGAUUUUGUAUCACUGAUCUGCACACAAUACCCAGAAUGUUGAAGUAGAAUUAUGUUUUUAGAAAUGUUUACAAAUUAAUUAAAAAUGAAAAGCUGAAAUGUCUUGAGUCAAUACGUAUCCAACCCCUUUGUUAUGGCAAGCCUAAAUAAGUUCAGGGGUAAAAAUGUGCUUAACGAGUCAUGUAAAUUACAUGGACUCACUCUGUCCACAAUAAUAGUGUUUAACAUGAUUUUUAAAUGACUACUCCAUCUCUAAAACCCCACACGUACAAUUAUCUAAGGUCCCUCGGUCAAACAGUUAUUUCAAGCACAGAAUCAACCAGAAAGACCAGAGGUUUUCCAAUGUUUUACAAAGAAGGGCACCUAUUGGAAGAUGGGUAAAAAAUAAAAAAGCAGACAUUUGAAUAUUCCUUUGAGCAUGGUGGUUAUUAAUUACACUUCGGCUGGUUUGUCAGUACAGCCAGUCACUACAAAGAUGCAGGCGUCUUUCCUAACUCAGUUGCUGGAGAGGAAGAAAAACCGCUCAGGGAUUUCACCAUGAGGCCAAUGGUGACUCUCUAAAACAGUUAGAGUUUAAUGAUUGAUGGGAGAAAACAGGAUCAAUCAACAACAUUCUAGUUGCUCCUCAAUACUAACCUAAUUGACAGUGAAAAUAAGGAAAUCUGUACAGGAACAAAAAAUAUUCCAAAACAUGAAUCCUGUUUGCAAUAAGGCACUAAAAUAUUGAAUGUGGCAAAAUAAAUUUGACACUUUGUUCUGAAUACAAAGCAUUAUGUUUGGGAAACUCCCAACACAUCACUGAGUACCACUCUUCAUAUUUCCAAGCAUGGUGGUGACUACAUCAUGCUAUGGGUAUGCUUGUCUUCGGCAAGGACUAAGGAGUUUUUUAGGAUAAGAAUAAACGGAAUAGAGCUAAGCACAAGUAAAAUCAUAGCGGGAAACCUGGUUGUCUGCUUUCAAACAGACACUGGGAGACAAAUUCACCUUUCAGCAGGACAAUUCCUAAAACACAAUGCCAAAUAUACACUGGAGUUUCUACCAAGACAACUUUGAAUGUUCCUGGGUGGCCUGGUUGGGCUUUUACUUAAAUCUGCUCAUAAAUCUAUGGCAAGACUUGAAAAAAAUGGCUGUCUAGUAAUGAUCAACAACCAACUAGACAGCUUGAAUAAUGUGCAAGUAUUGCACAAUCCAGGUGUGCAAAACUCCUACAAGUUUUUGGGGGAUUUUUCUUCUGCUUUGACGUUAGUAUUUUGUCUAGAUUGUUGGCAAAAAAAAUACAAUGAAAUCAAUUUUACACCCACUUUGUAACACAACAAAUUGUAGAAAAAGUCCAGAGGUUUGAAUACUUUCUCAAGGCACUGUAGGUUUCCCAAAUGUAGUGCUCGUAAAGUAUGUCUAGUUCUUUGAUUAGCUUGCUGCUAACAGUGUGAUGUCCACCUUGUACAUAGAGCUGUCAUGUCCUUCAGUUGAUCUACUUUCAAGGUUUCCACUUUCAAUCGUGUAAAGGCAAGAUGAUGGAUCUUUUUUUAGUGUUUUAUCAAUAGCUUUCGCUUGCAGUGGCUUGUCAAUGUCAAGACUCGGUUGUGUUUUUGUUUGUCAUUUUUUUGCAUGUCCAAUGCUUGGAAUUGUAAUAUUUUAUUUUGAAUUAGGCUCUUGGGGCUUCAGACACUUAAAAUAACCACUUGAUGAAUUUGUCAAACAGUAUGCUAGUGGAGAGUAUGCCUAAAACAUGUGCAUUAAAGAGAAAGUCCUCAGUCUUGGCAUGGAAAAUGGAGCGUUGCACUGACGAAGCUUUGCUUUGUAGUUUUUGCCUUAUCGUUUUUGUAUUGCUUCCAAAAAUGUAUGAAUGGUUGUGAGAACUCUUAACUCAAUAUUUUCCUUAUGAUGGAAAAAAAUAAUAACUUGGUUGUUUUGUAUGAGCACACUCAAUGUCAUUUAAAUGUGCGCAUACGUCUUUCCUUGGCCUUCAUUGUCCCUGAUUUAAUGUUUUUUUUCUUGAUCGCUUUAAGCAUGCCUUUUACAAUAUUAAUCUACAGUCACCCAACGGCAUUAGGCUACGUCCCAAAGACCCCCGAACUAUGGCAAGUCAGAAGUAUAAAUCUAGUUUUGCCUUGACUGCAUUCACGGCUUCACAGUAUGCUGUGGCAACUGAUAAGCAUUUGUGAAUCAAUCCAGCAUUCUGGACUGUUACUUCCCUGUUAUAUCUCCUUUUGCCAUAGUCCUAAGGACACAAUGUUUGUUUUUGAAACUGAUUUAAAAUGACUGCCUACCGUAGAAAGGCACCAUCUUGCAGUGAGAUAGUAUUUUCUUUCAGUAGAUGUCACAGGACAUCACCAGUACCCACAGCAACUGAUACAAAUAUUCUGAUUGUUGCCAAUUUUUUCCAGUGCCCGUAGACUGUCACACAGUUCCUCUCCCUGCACCUUUUCAAGAAAAGUGCCUUACUCGGUUGAACAUAAAUGAAGGUUUUUAUUUUUGUCGUAACGCGAUAGUACACCCAAUAGAUAUCUCCGCACUUUCAGACCCCUUGUAAAGAUGAAAUCAAAGAUGCUUUGUGUUGUAAGAGCAUCUUUAAAUGUUGUCUUCGUUUUCUCAAUCACACUUUGCUUUGGGAGCCUAAACCAGACACAGAAGAAUGGGUCAGCUGGCCAGAGCCACAGACAUGCAUAGUAUGGCAAAUUGUCCUAAAUAUUGUCACCAAGCAUUCCAUGACUUGCCUACAUUCCAACCUAAAAUGGAAUUUACAUUCUUGACCCUAGAAUGCAGCGUUCUCUGGAACAACGGUGUACGUUAGUAUUGUACCCAGUUGGCUGACCUUUACAUGUCUCUGGCUCUGGAGGCAGCUGUCAUUAUUAGUGUGACGUUCUGGGGCUGUUGUUGCUUUUUAACAAUGUCCACAUGCCACCUUGAUCUAAGUCCUGUUGAAUAAAAAGUCAUAGGUCUUAUGGAAUGAUUCCUCAGAUUUCCUCUCUCUCUCUCACUCUCUUACACACACAGACACACAGGUUAAUGUGUUGACAGACACUUGCUGUUGCAUAUAGUCAGGAUGCCUACUACUCUAAUGGUUUAUGCUUGUUUGAUGUGUCCUUUUUGCCUGUAAUCUUGUUUUCUUCUUUUAUAGUUUUGCCAUUAGAUUCAAGAUGUUAAAAUCAAUAAAGUUUGAAUAUUGUUAAACAA